AUGCUUGUACUCUACGUGAAUCUCCUCAAACUGUUCACCCCGGAUCGGGCUGCAAUCAUAUUGCUUUCUGCGCAUUUCGCUUCCACCUUGCCCAAAGAUGCUCCCGUACAAGUGGAACCAUGGUUCAAAAUUCGAUACACAGUCGAAGACAUUCCUGACACGUUAAUGCAACGAUGGAAAAGUUCCACUCCGUCCCCGGUGCUUCAUUUACCGUACAAAAACAAAUACAUCACCUAUGUGAUCAUCCAUAUGUGGUCUCCGUUGGUUGUGAAAUCCAAAGAAAAUAUGGCUCUCCACGUGCUGUUGAAUUAUAGCCUCAAUCAAACUUUGAGCACAAUCGCCUACGAGGGUGGCGAGGCUGGAUUAGAGUACAAUCUGGAAUAUGUAGAAAGCGGUCUGAAAAUAUGUUUGAGCGGUUUCAGUCAGAAGUUGUUUGCAAUCCUGGAUCAUAUCCUUGAUAGCAAUACGGAAACGUCGAGUGCACACUUUGAGGCUUAUCGGGACGCAAUUCGGAAACUCUAUUUCAACGAGGCACUAAAACCGAGAGUGUUAAAUACGCAUUUGCAAUUCUAUUUGUUACGCAAAGACGCCUUCCUGUUAGACGACCUGUUGUUGGCCGUUCGUCGUCUGACCGUGUCCGAUCUGUUAGCCUACAAACAACGUUUCUUUGCCAACUUGCGAAUCACAGCCUACGUGCAUGGUAACCUCACUGCCCAAGAUGCCAUCAAAUUCUUCGACUACACAGUGAAACGAACCAAAUGCUUACCGAUUGAGCGCCGAAAAUUUUCGGAUGUAGCCACUUUGGAUGCGGGUACCUAUCAGUUACGUGUGAUGAACUGCAAUCCAUCUGAUGUGAAUAUGUGCGUUGCCAGAAUUCAUUUGCUCGGCCAGACGGAUCUGACCCGUGACACAUAUAAUCAGUUGUUGGCAGUGAGUUCAAGAUUACCCCACAUUCGCAUGCUUUGCUCUCAGUUUUAUAGUAACAUAUGUUUGUAG